UAUAUAAUUUGAAAAUUGGAAAAUUGGAAAUGAAAAAUUUUGCAACUUUUAUAUCAUAGUUUAUUGUAAAUGAUUUUUAUUUUGUUAUUUGAUUAUUAUUUUAUAAUGCACCAGUUAUUAUGUAUGUAGUAUGAUUAUUAUUGAUAAAUCAUAUAUAUUUUAUUUUUUAUUGUUUUAUUUUACUUUAUUUACACAUACCUUCUGAAGGUUGUCUACAUAUACUUUCAUAUCUGAAGUAAAGGAAUAUUACCUUUGUAGUCAUAAGUUGUCAAUUAUCUAAAUUUAGGUGAAUCCUCGAUGAUAAACUCAUAUAUCUUUUAAUUGCAAGCGUUAUCGGAGUAAUGAAUAGAUUUAAUGUAUUUUGUAAGAAUUUGUUUCCCUUUCUUAAAGCGGAGAAUUUAUUUGAACUCAAAUACAUGCCGUGUUUUACAUAUGUUUAUGAGAAUAUAAAACCAAAUGUUCGAGACAGUAAAAACAGUUCUACACUUGCUAUCGACGAGAAAUUUUAUCGUGAUCUCACCAUUGCACACUAUAUAACAUCUAAUAAAGUUAUUACAGCGAGCGAAGAAAUUUAAUUCGACAACUUCUCCGAUUCGAAAGAAUUGAAUACAAUCACGCAAGAUGGUGAAAGCGAAAAAAUAUGUCAUAGCAAAGCAUUUCGAGAACGAGCCGAAGUCGACGGAUUUAAAAUUGGUAGAAGAGGAGUUGCCGCCUUUACAGGAUGAAGAAUAUCUUGUGGAAGCCGAAUACCUUUCCGUAGACCCGUACAUGAGACUGUACGUCCAAAGAUAUUCGGUUGGAAUCACAAUGCUCGGCAGUCAGGUUGCUAAGAUCGUGGAAUCUAGAAAUCCGAAUUAUCCGGUCGGCAGAAGAAUUGUUGCAUAUCUUGGCUGGAGAACUCAUACAAUUAUCAAACCAACGAUGGAUGACGACAAAGACCUCAUGAAACAACCACCGUACAUUUUGCCGGACUUAGGCGGUUUAUCGCACUCUCUGGGUUUAGGCGUACUAGGAAUGCCGGGUAACACGGCGUACUUUGGCUUGAUGGAGAUAUGCAAGCCAAAAUCCGGUGAGACUAUCGUCAUUAGCGGGGCUGCCGGUGCGAUCGGUUCUCACGUGGGCCAAAUUGCCAAAAAUCUGGGCCUCAUCGUCAUCGGUUUAUGUGGCACCGACGACAAGUGCAAAUGGCUCAAACAAUUGGGCUUCGAUGUCGCUAUCAAUUACAAGAUCACACCAAUCACGACAACUCUACGCAAGGUCGCACCGCAAGGGAUAGAUUGUUUCUUCGAUAAUGUCGGCGGAGAAAUCUCUAGUAGAAUUAUAUACCAGAUGAAGCCGUUCGGUCGGAUAGCCGUAUGCAGCAGUAUCUCGAGCUACAAUGUAAAUUCCUUAUCCUUAUUCGAGUGCAGCAUCCUGCAGCCCGUGAUACAUUCCAAUCAAUUGAAGAUGGAGGGCUUCCUCGUUUCGCGUUGGUGGAAUCGCUGGAACGAGGGGAUCGAGCAGAAUCUGCGAUGGAUCCGCGAGGGCAAACUUCGUUAUCGCGAAACGGUGACCAAGGACUUCGAAAACAUAGUCAAUAUAUUCAUCAGCAUGAUGCACGGCGAUAAUUUCGGGAAGGCUGUCAUCCAGGUGUAGGUCGACAUUACGAGUAUCGUGCAUACUAUAUCUUAAAUAAAUGUACCCAGCAAACACAGUAUAUAAAUGUUAUAUACUUAAGCAUGUUACA